ACUAGUUUCUUGUUCUGGUUGGGUGCCUGUUAGCAGCUACACAUGUUGCAAGCUGUUUGGCUUCAGCUUGAGAACCCAAAAUGUAUUUUGGAUUAUGUGUGAGAGUGCUUGUGCUCACACUUUUGACAUUUGAGCAGCAUGCAAAUGCACUCAAUGACAGAAGUGGAAGUUUUGAUCAUCCCAGAAAUCACAAACCAGAUUUUGCGUCCAAUUUUGAGCGCUCUGCACAGCCUAGAGGGUUUCUAGGUAGUUCUGGAUCCAGUCACAAUGGAGGUGGGAAAGUAGAUAGUUACAGUCCAGAGGGAAGUGUUUCUAGUUACGGCUUUAGCUCAUUGAACAUUGGGAAACCGACACAAAACUCCAAGCAGCCUCCUCAAACCAACCACAAUGCAAAUGGUGUCAUCGAGGCCACAGCUGGCAUGUGGGAAGUCUUUUCUCCCAUUGGCGGUGUUUGGAGUCCUAAAGUGCAACCCGGGUCCCCGUCCACUUUCAACCCCAAGCAGCCCGGCUACACGUCCCUAGUCGGCUACCAACCCAAACCACAGAAACCCAGCUUCUCAUCCAAACCCCAACAAGGGGUGCUUCAAUCCAAAGCUGGCAUGUGGGACAAUUUUUCCCCCAUUGGUUCAGGUCCUAAUGUGCAACCCGGGCCCCCGCCCAAGAAACCCAGCUUCCCACCCAAACCCCAACAAGGGGUGCUUCAAACCAAAGCUGGCAUGUGGGACAUUUUUUCCCCCGAUGCUCCUAAUGUGCAACCCGGGCCCCCGCCCAAGAAACCCAGCUUCCCACCCAAGCCCCAACAAGGGGUGCUUCAAACCAAAGCUGGCAUGUGGGACAUUUUUUCCCCCGAUGCUCCUAAUGUGCAACCCGGGCCCGCGCCCAAGAAACCCAGCUUCUCACCCAAACCCCAACAAGGGGUGCUUCAAACCAAAGCUGGCAUGUGGGACAUUUUUUCCCCCAAUGGUCCUAAUGUGCGACCCGGGCCCCCGCCCAAGAAACCCAGCUUCCCACCCAAACCCCAACAAGGGGUGCUUCAAACCAAAGCUGGCAUGUGGGACAUUUUUUCCCCCGACGGUGGCGGUUCCGGUCCUAAUGUGCAAUACGGGUCCUCGCCCAAGAAACCCAGGUUCCCACCCAAACCCCAACAAGGGGUGCUUCAAACCAAAGCUGGCAUGUGGGACAUUUUUUCCCCCGAAGGUCCUAAUGUGCAACCCGGGCCCCCGCCCAAGAAACCCAGCUUCUCACCCAAACCCCAACAAGGGGUGCUUCAAACCAAAGCUGGCAUGUGGGACAUUUUUUCCCCCAUUGGUUCAGGUCCUAAUGUGCAACCCGGGCCCCCGCCCAAGAAACCCAGCUUCUCACCCAAACCCCAACAAGGGGUGCUUCAAACCAAAGCUGGCAUGUGGGACAUUUUUUCCCCCAAUGGUCCUAAUGUGCGACCCGGGCCCCCGCCCAAGAAACCCAGCUUCCCACCCAAACCCCAACAAGGGGUGCUUCAAACCAAAGCUGGCAUGUGGGACAUUUUUUCCCCCGACGGUGGCGGUUCCGGUCCUAAUGUGCAAUACGGGUCCUCGCCCAAGAAACCCAGGUUCCCACCCAAACCCCAACAAGGGGUGCUUCAAACCAAAGCUGGCAUGUGGGACAUUUUUUCCCCCGAAGGUCCUAAUGUGCAACCCGGGCCCCCGCCCAAGAAACCCAGCUUCUCACCCAAACCCCAACAAGGGGUGCUUCAAACCAAAGCUGGCAUGUGGGACAUUUUUUCCCCCAUUGGUUCAGGUCCUAAUGUGCAACCCGGGCCCCCGCCCAAGAAACCCAGGUUCUCACCCAAACACCAACAAGGGGUGCUUCAAACCAAAGCUGGCAUGUGGGACAUUUUUUCCCCCGACGGUGGCGGUUCCGGUCCUAAUGUGCAAUACGGGUCCUCGCCCAAGAAACCCAGGUUCCCACCCAAACCCCAACAAGGGGUGCUUCAAACCAAAGCUGGCAUGUGGGACAUUUUUUCCCCCGAAGGUUCCGGUCCUAUUGUGCAACCCGGGUCCCCGCCCAAGAAACCCAGCUUCCCACCCAAGCCCCAACAAGGGGUGCUUCAAACCAAAGCUGGCAUGUGGGACAUUUUUUCCCCUGACGGUAACGGUCCUAAUGUGCAACCCGGGUCUCCACCCCAGCUUCGGCAGAUCGUCUACAGGCCCCAGCAGGCCGGCUACCAGCCAUCCGUCUACCAUCUUAAGCCAAAGCCCAAGCAGCCCGGCUACCAGCCGUCCAUCUACCAGCUAAAGCUCCUGCCCGGUUACCCGCUCAAGCCCAGCUUCCCUCCAAUUCCCCAACAAGGGGUGCUUCAAACCAAAGCUGGCAUGUGGGACUUUCAUUACCCCAAUGGUGGUGUUUCUGAUCCUGAAAUUCAACCCGGUACCCCACCCAAGAAACCCAGCUUCCCGCCCCAGCAAGGGGUGCCUCAAACCAAAGCUAGUAUGCAGCCCAGGUCCCCAUCCCCAACCCAGCAGGGGGUGUUUCAAACCAAAGCUGGCGUGUUGGACAUUUUUUCUUCCGUUGGCAUCUCUAGUCCUAAUGUAAAGCCCGGGUUCCCAUCCCAGCAGUCCAGCUACCAGCCGUCCGUCUCAGUGCAUCAGCCCAGCUACCAGCCCCAGCUAAUCGGAAUUCAAAGCAAAGCUGGCAUUUGGGAAUUCUUUUCUCCCAAUGGAAGGGUUUCUGGUCCUAAUGUGGAGCCUGCCAACCUAAAUAAAGAAAUGACUGUUCCUCCAGGAUCCCCACACCGUCCCAGGUGGCAGCAGUCACUGGUUCCUGUGUAAAACGGCAGCCAUUGACCCAACUAUCCAUGCUGUUCCUGACCACAUUCUGAAAGCAGUCAUUCCUGGCAUCAACCCUUUUGUGAAAUUCAAUAAAGUACUUUUAACUGCA